AUGGGCUCCUUCAACCCCUUCCCACAUUCUCCCCCAGUGUCGCCUCCUAAUGGAUAUCAAGGCGCCGACGGGUUCUCGACCCCUCUGUUCCCUCCAAAGCCCAACAUCUUGUUCAUCAUGGCGGACCAACUGGCGGCUCCUCUUUUGAAGAUGCACAAUCGCAAGUCUCAAAUCAAAACGCCCAACCUGGAUCAAUUGGCAGAACGCUCAGUCGUUUUCGAUUCGGCAUAUUGCAAUUCACCGCUGUGCGCUCCAUCCCGCAUGUGUCUGAUCAGUGGCCAGCUUCCCUCGAAGAUUGGAUCUUACGACAACGCUUGCUCCAUUCCCUCUGACACGCCGACAUACGCUCACUACCUGCGUGCCGCUGGCUACGAAACCACUCUGGCGGGCAAGAUGCACUUUAUCGGAGAUCAACUGCACGGCUAUGAGAACCGGCUGACCGCGGACAUCUACCCGGGAGAUUUCGGCUGGGCGGUGAACUGGGACGAUCCCGGUCGACGACUCGAGUGGUACCACAACAGCAGCUCUAUCUUGCAAGCCGGGCCCUGCGUUAGGACCAAUCAACUGGACUACGACGAGGAAGUCUUGUAUAAGUCCAAGCAAUAUCUCUAUGACUAUGCACGAGGACCAGCGGGGAAACGGCCGUUCGCCUUGACCGUCUCGUUCACGCAUCCCCAUGACCCCUAUGCAAUUGAGGACAAGUACUGGGACCUGUACGAAGGCGUUGAUAUCGACUUGCCUAACCUGCAUAUCAACGAAGAAGACCAGGAUCCGCACAGCAGACGCCUCAUGCAGGUCUGUGAAAUCGAGGGCCAUAACUUCACUGAUGAGCAGAUCAAGCGUGCUCGCCGAGCCUACUAUGGUGCGGUCAGCUACGUGGACGACUGCAUCGGGCAAUUACUCGAGGUGCUGAAGAAAUGUGGUCUGGACGACAACACCGUUGUCAUGUUCUCUGGCGAUCAUGGGGAUAUGCUGGGCGAGAGAGGUCUCUGGUACAAGAUGUCCUACUUUGAGAAUUCCGUCCGCGUACCGAUGCUCAUCAGCCACCCCAAGCAAUUCCGGCCGCAUCGCGUCUCUCAGAAUGUAUCUACCCUAGACCUGAUGCCCACGCUGGUGGAGUUGAUCGGAUCCAAGCUUGUUCCUGGGCUGCCAAUGGACGGGUUGUCUCUGUUGCCUCACCUCUACGGAGGAGACGGCGGACAUGAUACCGUCUUUGCCGAAUAUAUGGGCGAGGGAACCGUGGCUCCUCUGAUGAUGAUUCGUCGGGGCGAGUGGAAGUACAUCACAUGCCCAGUCGAUCCCCCCCAGUUGUUCAACCUACAGAAGGAUCCGCUUGAACGGGUGAAUCUCGCCAGCAGUGAAGACCCCGAGGUCCUGGCUGUAUUCAAGGUCUUCGAGCAAGAAGCGAACAAGAAAUGGGACUUUAAGAAGAUCACAGACGACGUUCUCACGUGUCAGCGUCGGCGUCGGUUCGUCUGGUCCGCCUUGACCCAAGGACGCUUCGAGAGCUGGGACUGGAAUCCGAUCGACGACGGCCGCGUCAAGUACAUUCGUUCUCAAACCCCACUAGACGAACUCGAACGGAAGGCUCGGUAUCCUACGCAUACCAACAUCCCUGCGAGGAUCACGGUCAACGACAAGGCCGAAGUUGUUUGUCUCCAGCCGAAGAGACUGACCGAGAUUGCCAGUGAACCAGUCCACUAUCGCUAG